ACGUGAGCUUCGUUUCCAACUUCCGAUCAACCCAUCAGUCGCAUUUGAUCGGAAACCAUGGACUGCGCCGGCAGCGGAAGCGGAAGCCGAACCCCAUGUUCGGGUCCGGCUACAAGACGUUGCGGUCGCUGCGGAGCCGUAGCUUAUUGCUCCAUCUCUCACCAGGUUGCACACUUGAAUGUACACAAGAAAGAGUGUAAAAGGUUAGACCAGCAAAUGAAGCAAGCUCAUGUUGUGAGUGAUUUCCCUUUUACAUUUUCUGAAGAAGCUACUGUUCAGGUGUGUGAUAAACGCAUGACAAGGUGUUCAUUCUUGAUAAAACUGGGAAUUCACCGCGUAGGAAUGUGGAUGUUUGAAUGUAGCUGUGGGGCGUCUACUACAUUGAACUGCUCAAGGCUUAUUGAAGGCUGGAACUUAUCUAGUACAUUGUGUCCUUGUAGAGAGCCAUCCACUGUAUUACCAGAGCUACUUAGUGGUUGGAAGGAAUAUUAUGAAUGGAGGUGCAUUCCGCUAUAUUCUCCUGUUGCCGUGCUACUUCACUGGCCAUUGACGCUGUAUUGGGCUAUUAAGCUAGCAGUUCAAGGAAACCUGAUUCCUGAAAUAANCACCCCACCCCUCUCUCUCUCUGGCCGUCCUGAAAAAGAGCUUCAUCAGCUUGCAGCUUUCGGUGAACUGCAUGCAGUUUUUCCUGAUGUUCAAAUGUAUAUAGAUCUUGUGGGACCUGCAAUUCCAGAAGAAAGGAAUGGUGAGCGAAUUGAACUUCAUGAUUAUGCUCAUUGUACAGAGACCAACUACAAAUGUAAAUGUUCGACUGAGAAUUUUGGCCCAACGUCAUUGUCAAGUGGAUCUUCAGCCAUUAAAUUAAAGCUUCAUGCUGGUUAUUAUCAUGAUUGUUACGAAAAUAUCAUUAAGGGUUCUCCUCCUAAUCUAAUUAUCGCACCAAAUGCUGGUGUCGCUGCAUACAGAAGCUGGGUACCAACCAUUGAGCUGAUAAAGGAUAUCAAAGUUCCUGCAUUUUUCUCUGAUUACUGUGAAGAAGCUUGUAAUCUAGCAAUUAGUUGCAUAAGCUCAGUGACUGGCGCUUCUCCUAUCGUUCCUAUCCAGUUAAAUCCUUUUAGGCAACCCCUUGCAGUAGAAGACAGUGCCCUGUUUCUUCCGUGCUACUCAAAUUGUUUCAUCUUUGGGAUUUGAAGUAGGCGAAAUACAUAAAUGGCCCCUUUAAGUUGUCCACAACAAUCACACAAACACCCUAACUAAGCCAAUGACCAACUAAACACCUCAGGUGUCUAUUAAGAGCGUCAACUAAACACCCACGCAUGACUUGGCAUGUCGCAUGUUGCACACUCAUGUAACAGCACGUUGCCUCAAAUUUUAACCCAUUUCCAGCGGGUGUAAUUCCUAUUUUUUUCUUAUUGAGGUCUCAUUUUAUACCCAAAUUGAGAAACCUAAUUAGCACUUGCUCUUUCUUCCCCUACUUGUGACUGGAUUCGACCAUACUAUUUUACCAAAAUCUGCACUCACGAGCUCUAACCUAGGUUUUUCUACAAGAACAUGCUUUUUUGUUUUUUAAUUUCUCAGUGUGUUUGUUUAAGGGAAUGUGGAGGUGGUGUUAUACUAAGAAAGAGAGAGGAGAGCUGCUUUUUUUCAGUGAAAAAAUGGAGAGUUUGCCUUGAGUUGAGAUGUAAAAAUGGUGAAAAUGAGAUGAGAUUAAAAAGGAGAGAGAAGUAGCAAGAAGAGAGAAAAGCUUCAUUUGAUUUCAUUUGGCAGUUGAAGAAGACGUUGAUUUCUACUUUUUCACUUUAACACAGGGUUCAUACAUGGAUGAUAACCUACUGGAUUUGGCGCCACUCUUUUAGCCUUUGGGUUUUUAAGUUCCUAAUUAUCCCUAUAAUAAACACAUAGGAGAAAAGAGAAGAAGUGAGGCAGAACAGAAAGCAAGUUGGAUUUUUUAAUUACAAAUUACAUGUGUCAUUGUUUAAUUGGUUCAUUUGACAUGUUAUUGGCAAGUGUAACUCACGCAUAUUUGAAGUGUUUAAAUGAUAAACGGGCCAAUUGAAGUGUCUGGAUGAUCGUUGAGGAUAACUUAAAUGAGCGGUUUAUGUAUUUCUCCUUUGAAGUAGCUUCUUAAGGUAUCUCAAGGAUGCAAUGGCUUGACUCUAUUAAAACAUGAUAGCAGAUUGAAUAUAAUGUUACAGUGUAUUAUAUUGUUAGUGUCGAUCCCAAUUUGUUUGAGACUAAUAUGUAAUUGUAGUUGUUGAUUGUAUUACACUGCUGGAUGCAAAUUUAUUUGUUUUUGUUCACCUUACACUAUUCAGACAGAUUAUACGUAUUUUGGCCCCCAAAUAUGUCAA